GGGGUGUUUCGUUAGAAAGAAACUGGCUGGGAAUAUGGUGAGUUCGGUAUACACCACCGUCCUCUUUCCCAUUACCAGUAUCCAUUAAAAUAAUUAUAACCUUCUGAGAAGAAAAAUAAUAAUUCUUCAGAAAAGUCGAACUCUUUUCGUUUCUGAUUCCGGAUCAAAUUCCCUUUUCUUUCCCAAACAGAUUCUGAAUCCUGGCGAUGAAGUAAUGUUGCCAAGUCUCUAGUUUUCGCUGCUCGUCUAUCUCUUUGAUUAACCUGGAGGAUUUGAUAAUUGUGAAAUAUUGGGGGGAUUUUUUUUUCUGACUUGAUGGGAAAUAAAAAUUCGAGCGAGGGGAGUUGGCCGCCUGCUUCAACAACCCAGUCUAGUUCUUCGUCGGGAUGGCAGCAUGAUUAUUCUCAGGCAUCGGUUUCGCAGUAUGCACAAAAUUAUCCUAAGCCGAAUCAACCUUCAACAACUGGUUCUAGUUCAUCUGCAGGGUGGCAGAAUGAUGGCAUAAACACUGAAUCAUCGAAUUCACAAUAUGAUGAUCAGAACCCUCCCAUAGCGUAUCCGUAUCAAGCACCAGCACCAGCACCAGCAGGAUAUCCUCAUAACCCUCCUGUAGCGUAUCCGUAUCAGCAUCCAGCAGCACAAGGAUAUCCCCCGGUUAACCAGUUCAACGCUCCGCCCCAAGAUCAUGCGUGUCCACCACCUGUUCCCGCCCCUUACCAUAUGCCUACUUCUCAAGUACAUGUACCAAACAAGAGGUUUGAUAAGAGGUAUUCAAGGAUUGCUGACAACUAUCAUUCAUUAGAGGAGGUUUCUGAAGCUCUUGCACAAGCUGGUCUUGAGUCUUCAAACCUAAUUAUUGGGAUUGAUUUUACUAAGAGCAAUGAAUGGACUGGCAAGAACUCAUAUAAUGGUAAAAGCUUACAUCACAUUGGAGGUGGUCUGAAUCCCUACGAACAAGCCAUAAGCAUUGUAGGGAAAACCUUGGCAGCUUUUGAUGACGAUAAUUUGAUCCCUUGUUAUGGGUUUGGAGAUGCAUCGACUCAUGAUCAAGAUGUAUUUAGUUUUUAUCCUGAUGGAAGGCAUUGCAACGGAUUUGAGGAAGUUCUGCGUCGUUACAGAGAACUUGUUCCGAAUCUGAAGCUGGCAGGCCCAACAUCAUUUGCACCAAUAAUCGAAAUGGCUAUGACUGUUGUUGAGCAGAAACAGGGCCAGUUCCAUGUUUUAGUGAUUAUUGCAGAUGGACAGGUCACCAGAAGUGUUGAUACCCAACAUGGUCAGCUGAGUCCGCAGGAGCAAAAGACUGUUCAAGCAAUAGUCGAAGCUAGCAAGUUGCCUCUAUCCGUUGUUUUGGUCGGGGUUGGAGAUGGCCCCUGGGAUACGAUGAAGGAAUUUGACGACUAUAUACCUGCAAGGGAGUUCGAUAAUUUCCAGUUUGUCAACUUCACGGAGAUUAUGGUUAAAAAUACACAACAAAAUCGGAAAGAAACAGAGUUUGCGCUUGCAGCAUUGAUGGAAAUCCCUACUCAGUAUAAAGCAACGAUAGAGCUUAAUCUGUUGGGUGGAAGGAAAGGGAACAUUACGGAGAGAUUUGCACUUCCUCCUCCUGUCUAUGGCACAGCAGCAUUUGGCGGCAAUUCAACGCCCUCACCCACGCCAGCAGAUGCUUAUCAGUACAGCUCUAGUUCAUACUACGACUACACUGCUCCCGCUGCAACAGCUCCUCCCGCUGCAAGUUCUAACUAUGGACACCAGAUUUGUCCCAUAUGCCUUAGUAAUCCGAAGGACAUGGUUUUUGGUUGCGGUCAUCAGACGUGUUGCGGGUGUGGACAAGACCUUCAGCUAUGCCCGGUAUGCAGGAGUCGGAUAGAGACAAGAAUAAAGCUUUACUGAAGCCUCUAGUAAGUAGCUCGUCCAACGCAAUGGUGCUAACCCUACCACAUGAUUCUUUAUAUUGGCCCUCGACGUCGUACAAAUGAAGCCAUAGCCUCAUUCACAUUUUUUGGUUGCCAAAGAAAAUGAUGAAGAAAAGAUCAUAAAAACACUGCUUGUUCGAAUUUUUCACUGCCUCAGAAGAAAAAUUGUUUGUAAAUCUACUCGGAAUUUGCAGAUUUGGAUACAUUAUUUUUUGUUAAUUCUCUGCUGUAUAUUCUCGUUUUUUAUAUGUGAAGGCCACAUUUGGUGAACUGUGUGUAGUUUAACUAUGUAAUGGAACAAUUAUACAAGUAUAUUUAUGUUUAAA